CCUCUGAAACUGCAUGCAAUGCAGCAUUGGCCCUCAGCAGUCGAAUUUAACCUGCGAAAAAGGGAAUAUUUUAUACAUUUUACCAGAAUUAUGGAAAUACUCUCGCAUAUCUAGUGCACACUUGCUUGAUUGCAUUUUGGCCAGUGGAUUGAUUCAUUUAAAACUGAUCCUCCUCAAUUGAAGUUUCUGGACAGUGAUCAAGUGUUAAUUGUGGAGUGUAAUAUUUGUUGAGACAGCAUCUCUGUUAUACCCUUUUUUCGGAAAAUAGACUAAACCAGUAUUUUGAGGAUGACAUCUGCGAAGAAUAAGUUCAAGCCUGUUACGCAUUGUAUUUUUGACUUGGACGGCCUCCUGCUAGACUCUGAAAAAAUUUAUAGGGUGGCUUUUUCAGCGGUCAUCGCGAGAUACGGCCGAGUCUACACAAAUGAAGCGAAAAUGAAGGUCAUCGGGAAACAGCCCCUCGACAGUUUACGGACUUUGAUCGAUCUUUUGAAAAUAGAAGGAGCGACUCCAGAAAAACUUGCAGAGGAGAUCAAAGAGCUGAUGAAAGUUUGGAUCAAGGAUGCUAAAUUCAAACCAGGCGCUAAGAAACUCAUUCGACAUCUGGCAGCACACAAAAUUCCGAUGGCCAUAGCAACGAGCGCUUGGGUUGAAAUGGUGGAUAUUUUAAGAGCCUGUCACCGAAAAACUUUUUCUCUUUUCCACCACAUCGUCGUCAGUGACACUGAUCCUGAGGUCGCCAGGAGCAAACCGGCCCCUGAUAUUUUCUUCGUCGGUGCAUCGAGGUUUCCCAAGAACCCACCUCCGGAGAGGUGUUUGGUUUUUGAGGAUUCACCCUCUGGUGUGCUGGCAGCUAAGCGAGCUAGAAUGCAAGUUGUCAUGGUUCCAGAUAGUAUGGUAACACAAGGAUACAAGGACCAAGCCACUCUCAUCAUCAACUCACUGGAGAACUUUUGACCAGAGGAUUUUGGCCUGCCCCCUUUUUAAAUUAUUUGAUGCAAUUUCAAUCAUGGAUUUUUGCAAAAAAAAAAAAAAAAAAAAAAAAAAAAAAAAGAA